CGGCGGACAGUUCGCCUUCGCAGAGCUGUAUCAACCGUCGCUGGACGACACACCAUCAUCCCCGUAGAUUUUCUUCGGCAGGCCUGCUUCUGUCAGCUAGCUGACGUCAAUCAGCGAAAAGAUGCAGCCCAAGAUGACCGUCUUGUGCACGCUACUGACGUUCGUAGUCAUCGUCGCAGCUUCGAGUCUCACAGCCGACGCAAUACCGCAUAGCCAUGAAAGUUAUUGGGAUCAGCAAGACGACAUAGAUCGAGACGAAUUCCUAGAGAUACUCUCUCGUCUUAGUCGCACCAUGAACCGCCCUGAGAUGGAAAAUACCAAACGAGGAUUGGAUCUGGGUCUCAAUCGUGGCUUCAGCGGUUCCCAAGCUGCGAAACACCUGAUGGGGCUCGCGGCGGCGAACUACGCCGGCGGUCCCGGACGGAGGCGUCGCUCGGAACAGGCGUAGAUCGCUCACAAACGAUCGCUGAUGCAGAGAGAUAUUGAACUAUACAACUCGUAAUAAUGCCACUCCCGACUCGAUCCUUCCACUUUGUCUCUACCUCGAGCUUGAACCAGCACGAUCUCAAAAUCGUCCGUUGCCAGUGGCGUGACUAAGUGCACUCGGGCCAUUAAUUGCUCCUCCGUCCCCUCCCCCUUCCCCCCAUCUCCCCUUAAUCCGAAUAAACCUAUAUAGAGUGUGUAUAGACGUAUACACUUUCAGCAAAGCGCAAAUAGUAUAAGUUCCUUAUCAAUCAAAAAUUACGAUUAUAGAUAUAAUUAAAAUUGACUAAGUAUUUAA